AUGACUUGUUCUUCUUGUUCUGGCACAAUUACGGAGAUGGUCUCACAAUUAUCCGGCGUAUCUGAAGUCACGGUAAAUCUUCUGGGAAAUUCCGCCAGCGUUGUCGUGGACUGCAAGGAAACCAUUAACCUCGUGACUGAAACAAUAGACGACUGUGGUUUUGAGGGAGAAGUAAUCAAGGUAGAACCUGUUUCGCAUGCAGAUAAUGAAGAUGAAGUCACAGAUGGAUCACGCACCAUAUCUCUGCGCGUAGAUGGAAUGUUUUGCCAGCAUUGUCCGGGAAAGAUCAUGAGCUCUCUCGAGAAGCUUAGCCCAGAGAUAACAUUCAUCAAAUCUCUUACGGAUUAUAAUGACCCCAUCCUCGAGCUUUCCUACAAGCCGUCGCUUCCGUCGUUUACAAUACGUAAUAUCGUGUCCGCCAUAACCUCGGUCGAACCUACCUAUUUCAAGAUUUCUGUUUACCGCCCCCCCUCUCUCGAGCAGCGCACACGAACGAUGCAAGUUCGCGAGCAGAACGCUUUGCUGCAACGCCUCGUUUUUGCUGUCAUAACUGCCAUUCCAACGUUCAUAAUUGGCGUGGUAUACAUGAGCCUUAUCAAGAGCAGUAACAGUUCUAAACGCUACCUCCUGGAACCUAUGUGGAAUGGAAAUGCUUCAAGGCUGCAAUGGGCUAUGUUCUUCCUGGCUACACCGGUUAUGUUCUACAGUGCAGGAUUGUUCCAUAGGAGAAGCAUCAGGGAAAUAAAAGCACUUUGGAGAAAGGGGAGCACGACACCUAUUAUAAAGCGCUUUACUCGCUUUGGUAGCAUGAACCUUUUGGUGUCUACUGGUGUCUCUGUGGCAUAUUUUUCAUCCAUCGCACUGUUAGCCCUUUCCGCAUCUCAACAUCCGUCACCUAAUGGGGUUGGGCAAACUACCACCUACUUUGAUUCUGUGGUAUUUUUGACUAUGUUUUUGUUAGCUGGUCGUUUCCUGGAGGCAUAUAGUAAAGCUCGAACAGCAGACGCGAUUACUGCCUUGGGAUCCCUUCGUCCUACAGAAGCGCUUCUCAUCGCCCCGAAAACCUCCUCGGAUCUCAUUUCUCCUCCUACCCCAUCAUCUAAAGGCGAAACUGACUCAGCAGAUUUAGAAAAGGGGGAUCCUACUUCUGAUGGUGGUGUCUUAUCGACGCAGCCAGGUUUCGUCGCUUCGAAGGUCAACGUUGAUUUUCUGGAAGUGGGUGAUGUCGUCCGUGUGCUACAUGGGGCAACACCGCCAGCGGAUGGGAUCAUCGUCUCGAGCUCUGACGGAGCUUUUGACGAAAGUUCCCUGACUGGAGAAUCGCGACUAGUGAAGAAGAAAACAGGUGAUAGGGUAUUUUUGGGUACCGUUAACAAGUCGACUGUUGUUGACGUUAAGAUCGAUACUAUUGGUGGUAUCACAAUGCUUGAUCAUAUCGUAAAAGUUGUUCGCGAAGGACAGACGCGACGUGCUCCCAUUGAGCGAAUUGCCGAUAUCAUCACGGGUUUCUUCGUACCGGCGGUGACAUUACUUGCCGUCAUUACUUGGGUAAUCUGGCUCUCCUUGGGUCUCAGCGGGGCCCUUCCUAGCGAUUACCUCAACAUUGCUGUUGGUGGCUGGACUGUUUGGUCCUUCGAGUUCGCUAUAGCAGUCUUCGUUGUCGCCUGUCCGUGUGGAAUCGGUCUUGCAGCUCCCACUGCACUACUGGUCGGCUCUGGCUUAGCAGCCAAGUAUGGUAUCCUCGCACGUGGAGGAGGAGAGGCAUUCCAAGAAAUGGCGCAGCUCGACAUAGUCGUAUUCGACAAAACAGGAACGCUUACGGAAGGAGGAGAGCCUCGUGUUGCAGAUUGUGAAGUCGUCUUCCAAGGCUCCGAUGGGAGUUCUCGAUGGAACCGAGGCACUGUUCUCGGUAUAGCAUCUGAACUAGAGUCUGCUUCAUCUCACCCACUAGGAACAGCCGUCAGACACUAUUGCGGAGCUGAAGGAGCUUCGUCUAUCUCUGGAUCUGCAUUCGAAGAAGUGCCAGGAAGGGGUCUGAGUGCCGACUUCGAUGGGCUCGAAUGCUCGGCCAUAAUUGGCAACGAAGCUUGGAUGUAUGAACACGAUGUCAUGAUUAAUGACUUCAUCUCCCAGAAGCUAGAAGUUUGGAAGACGGAGGCGAAGAGUGUUAUCUUACUCGCCAUCAAGGAGCGAAGUGAAGAGGAGAGUCAUUUCCGCGUCGCUGCCAUCUUUUCGGUGUCCGACCCACUCAGACCAGAGGCGAAAGCAAUCGUACGAUGCCUGCAGGAUCAAGGCAUAGGCACUUGGAUGAUCUCAGGGGACAACGAGGUCACAGCCAAAGCUGUUGCGCAGACUGUCGGUAUCCCAGCUACGAAUGUUAUUGCUGGCGUUCUCCCACAUGAGAAGGCAGAAGGCAUUCGACAUUUACAGCAAAAUGGGACGAAGAGAACUUUGCCAAGAUGGCAAACUUUCUUCACCACCAAUCUCAAGCGAAGGUUGAACGAUCGUUGUGUGGUAGCAAUGGUAGGCGAUGGCAUAAAUGAUGCACCAGCUUUAGCCGCCAGUGAUGUUGGUAUUGCCAUCGGCUCAGGAAGCGAUGUUGCUCUCUCGAGUGCUUCCUUCAUCUUGGUUUCAUCAGACCUUCAAAGUCUACUUACGCUGAGCGACCUCUCACGAAAAGUGUUCAACCGUGUCAAACUUAAUUUCUUAUGGGCACUUGUUUAUAAUCUCAUUGCAUUGCCUGUCGCUGCUGGCGUCAUCUACCCUGCUGGACAUGCUCGGCUAGACCCUGUGUGGGCCUCGUUAGCGAUGGCUUUAUCGUCUGUAUCCGUAGUUUGCAGCUCCCUCCUCCUUAAACUGUACAAAGAACCGAAGACGGCUUAG